UAGGACCCCGCGAACUCCUUCCCGCUGACGGGCCUUUGCGGCGUCUGAAGCCCGAGACGGCGGAGCGGAGCAGGCCGGUGCCGGUGCCGGGGAGGGUCAGGACGGGGAGAGACGCGGAGGGAAGACGGGCAGCGCGCGACCACCGGAGGGUUCAGGCCCGGGGCUGCAUGGCGAAACGGAGUCCAGAGGCGGAACAGGAAGUGUGUGAGGUCACACGUGAAGAGAGAGUGACGGACACACCAACACGAAGAGUCGGACGACCCGCUCGAAAACGCAAAGCACCAGGAGUGGGUAGUUGUAUUGAGGGCGUGGUCUGUAUGAAGAAGGCGGGGUGUAACGGUGAAACAGAGAAUCGGGUUUCAAAGAAAAACGUGGAGCAGAGCGACUCCUCCCCUGACUCCACCCACCAGAACGGCACAGACACGCCUUCCGGAGCCGACGGAGACUCCGCCCCUUCCACUCCACGGAAGAAACGAGGGCGGCGGAAACUUCAGCACCCGGAGCGCCACAUUGAGGAGGACGACACCAGCAGCGACACCAGCAGAGGAGAGAGCGACGGGGGUCGACUGAGGGGCCGGCAGGGCUGGGACAUAAGUCUGAGGAGACGUCCCGUUCAAAGAGAAACCUUUCAGGCCGGAGACCCCUAUCACAUCAGCCGCAGAGAGAAAGAGGAGUGGCUUGCCCGCUGGAGGAAGGAGAAGGUCAGAGAGGCAACAGAAGAGGAGAAGGCCCAACUGGUGAUGACCAUGAGUGACAUGAUGGACGACCAAUCAGCUGUGGGCCCCCAGAAGGAGGAGGAGUCAGCCAUCAACCUCCCGUCCACACCCACACCUCAGCAGCAGCACACUGACCCCGCCUCCCCAACAGUCGCCACGACGCCUGAACCGCCUCCCGUUGCCUGCGGCAACAAAGUGAUGGCGAGGUCCUCAGAGAUGGAUCUGGAGUACGAGGACGGCCGUGGGUUCGGGAUCGGGGAGCUGGUCUGGGGGAAGCUGCGGGGGUUCUCCUGGUGGCCCGGCCGGAUCGUGUCGGGGUGGAUGGCGGGUCGCAGUCGGGCCGCUGAAGGCACCCGCUGGGUCAUGUGGUUCGGAGAUGGCAAGUUCUCUGUGGUGUGCGUGGAAAAACUGUCACCCUUGAGCACAUUCAGCUCGUCUUUUCAUCAGCCCACCUACAACAAACAGCCCAUGUACAGAAAAGCCAUCUAUGAAGUUUUACAGACGGCGGGUAUGCGUGCCGGUAAACCGUUCCCUGUGUGUGUGUCCGCCGAUGACUUGGACAUAACUAACGAUGUUGAAAAGCACACUCGGCAGAUGAUUGAAUGGGCCAACACUGGGUCCCCUUCUGGUGCCAAAGGCCUGGAGCCGCCACCAGCGGAGCGGAGCCCGUAUACUGAGGUGUAUCCAGAGAUGUGGGUGGAGCCAGAGGCUGCUGCGUACACGGCUCCGGCCCCCGCCAAGAAACCCAGGAAGAACAGUGUUGAAAAACCCAAAAUCAAAGAGAUUAUUGAUGAAGGAACCCGAGAGAGAGUCGUAUGUGAAGUCAGACAAAAGACUCGCAAUAUUGAAGAUAUUUGUAUUUCCUGUGGAAGUAUGAACGUAGCACUAGAACAUCCUCUGUUUGUUGGAGCCAUGUGCCGGAGCUGCAAGAACUGUUUUCUGGAGUGCGCGUAUCAGUACGACGAUGACGGUUAUCAGUCAUACUGCACCAUCUGCUGCGGAGGACGAGAAGUGCUCAUGUGUGGGAACAACAACUGCUGCAGAUGUUUCUGCGUGGAGUGUGUGGAUCUGCUCGUGGGGCCCGGAUCUGCACAGGCCGCUAUCCGCGAAGACCCCUGGAAUUGCUACAUGUGCUGCAGCAGGAACGUCUCGGGUCUCCUGAGGCGCAGAGACGACUGGACCUCACGACUGCAGCUGUUCUUCGCCAACAACCACGACCAGGACUUUGAACCGACAAAGUUGUUUUCACCAAUGUCAGCUGAGAACAGACAGCCAAUCAGAGUGCUUUCUUUAUUUGAUGGCAUCGCUACAGGGCUGCUGGUGCUGAAGGAUCUGGGUAUUCAGGUGCAGCGGUACGUAGCGUCAGAGGUGUGUGAGGACUCCAUCACGGUGGGGAUCGUGCGACACCACGGACAGAUCAUGUACGUGGGAGACGUCAGGAACAUCACGCGCAAACAUAUUCAGGAAUGGGGUCCGUUUGAUCUUGUGAUCGGCGGAAGCCCCUGUAACGAUCUGUCCAUCGUCAACCCUGCCAGGAAAGGCCUGUACGAGGGCACCGGGCGUCUGUUCUUUGAGUUCUACCGGCUGCUUCACGAAGCCCGACCCAAAGAAGGAGACGAGCGGCCGUUCUUCUGGCUUUUUGAAAAUGUCGUCGCCAUGGGAAUCAGUGACAAGAGAGACAUCUCGCGCUUUCUGGAGUGUAAUCCAGUAAUGAUCGAUGCUAAGGAGGUGUCAGCCGCACACAGAGCUCGGUACUUUUGGGGUAACUUGCCUGGAAUGAAUCGUCCUCUGACUGCCAUGAUGAACGAUAGACUCGACCUGCAAGACUGUCUGGAACAUGGACGCACAGCUAAGUUCGGAAAAGUGCGAACCAUCACAACUCGCUCAAACUCAAUAAAACAGGGCAAAGACCAGCACUACCCCGUCUACAUGAACAAUAAAGAGGAUAUCCUGUGGUGCACGGAGAUGGAGAGAGUUUUCGGCUUCCCCGUCCAUUACACAGAUGUGUCCAACAUGAGUCGUCUCGCCAGACAAAGGCUUCUGGGAAGGUCGUGGAGCGUGCCUGUGAUUCGCCACCUCUUCGCUCCCCUCAAAGAAUACUUUGCCUGUUACUGAAGCUCCGCCCACCACACAUCAUGAUGGCGUCGUGACAUCCCUCCUCUUCCUUUCCUGCAUAUCCAAUAAGCUCCACCUUCUUGUGAUCGUCAUGUUUGCUUGUGGCCUCUGAAUGGCUGGUGCUAUCCUAAUAUUAAUAUUCAAUCCUCUAGACAGUCACAUUUCAGAUAUUUAUUUGAAAACAACUGAAUCCAGAUUUCGUUGUAUUUUAUUGUCGUCGUUUUAGUUUUUUUUUUUUUUUUUGGUCAUGUUCCAACUGUGACAACUCUUUCUCUCUCACACAACUAACAGAGACAAAAUGUGUGUGUGUGUGUGUGUGUGUGUGUGUGUGUGUGUGUGUGUUCGCAAGUGUAUGUUUAUCCGAGUGUAAAAAUAUAGAGCACAAAAAGCUGGAUGACAGGUAUGAAACAGAAGCAGAUGCUGUCUGAAUACUCAAAGGAGGCAAAUACCGUCAACCCCUCAAACUUAUGUUACGCCAUGAACUAACCAGGUAUGAUAUGGAAACCUUCACGAAUCAAGUCAUAUUUGAUGUUUAAUAUAUAACGAAUCUCACAGAAAAUAUGUCUGUCAUAUUUCACACUGAUAUCAGAUUUAUUGCACUAUUUUAAUGACAAUUAAGUAUAUUUACCACAUAAAAAGGAAUUUUUUUCUUAACAUGGAUUAAUUAGCAUUAUUUAAUUUAUUCAUUUGCAAUAUGGCAUAUAUAUAUAUAUAUAUAUAUAUAUAUAUAUAUAUAUAUAUAUAUAUAUCAUAAAGCAAAAAAAUGCUGUUCUAAAAUGGGCUUAAAAAAUUUAUCGUAUUUUUUUUUUGAAUUGGAUACUGUGUGAUUGUGGGCAUAGUUUUAUGAGAUUGAUUAGGCAGUGCUACGGUUCUAUUUGUACUAUUACAUUAAUAGAAAUCAGGUAAAUCACAUCUACUUAAGACAAAGUGUCAGAUUAACUUAAGAAGAAAUGCAAUUUAUCACUUAUCGCUUUGUCAUGUGGUGCCUGGUUAGCACACGUGUCUGUAACAUCGACACAUACAUCACACAUAAACACGUUUUCUGUGAGAGAGAGAAGAUGUGCUUGAAAAAUCAACAAUACACUGUUUACAGGUUGCGCUCUUAUUAUGGUACUACUAAACUUCAGCAACUAUUCAGUUACAACUAACUCCACUAUGGUGCUCUCUCUCUCUCUCUCUCUCUCUCUCUCUUUGUUUCUCUCUCAGCAAUACAAACACAGCAAACAGUCCUGUAUGAUGCCUUUCUGCUGGAGCCUAUAGGGCACAUAUGAGAGAGCUGUGUCCCAUAACACACACACAUGCAUGCUGAGAGCGGUUACACACUCAUACACCUUAAAGGGACAGUUCACCCAAAAAUAAAAAUUCCGUCCUCUUUUGCUCACCCUCACGUCUUUCCACAUGCAAACAGCAGUUCAAUUUGGUUGUCAAAUCACUUAUUAGUGCUUAAUCCUGCUCUGUAGACAGUUCCAAUUUAAGCAUUUUAAAACCAAAUUAACUCAUUUACGCAAGAUGUCACAGUGAACAAUGUAUGUUUUGACUCCCUAGUGUUGCCAGAUCUUGUUAAAAAAAAAGCAGAUAAUAUAAUGAGUUUAAAAACAAACGCAUUAUCUCGUAAACAAGCCACAUAUGAAAAUUCUGUGAAACACACAUUUUUAAAAAACUAUUAAUGAGUUUUGCUUGUAAUAAGUGGAAGUGGCAACCCUUCAAGAGCGUGAUCCCUAAAUCAGCCUUCCAAACACAACAGCUCUGUUGACGGUGCUUCAAUUUAAAUUGACGAACACAACGAUUUUUUGAACGCUUUGAUGAGGUGAAUAACUGAUGACAUUGGUUGCACUUUGGGUGAACUGCUCCUUUAUGAGAGUUUAUUUACUUUAAAAGAUCAUGUCGUUUGCUUUCGUCUCUGAUG